UUCACAUUUUCCUUUCCACCCAACCCAAAUUCAAUCUUCACUUUUCUUUCACUCACAAUUCACAAUUCACAAAUUCUUUCUUUCUUUCUGUUUUGCAGAUUCUGGAGAUACCCGAAUUUCAGAUUGUUCCCAGAAAAACAAAAAAAAAGAUGAAUUCUGUGAAGGGAAAGUUUCUGAAGAAACUGAAGACCAUGAAAACAAUCGGGUAUUUGAAGCCAGAAAAUGUUCUCCUCCCACCCAAACCUCCAUUGAUUCCCAUUCAAGUUCAAGAAAGGAAGAUUCUCGAAACCAGAGCGCAGGAGAAGGGGCCUGAGAUGAUUGAAGAUGCAGAAAUGGAGAAUCUUGAUGAUAAAGAGAAUAUCGGCCCAAACCGCCCAAAAGUGACCUCAUUGAAGCCAAAGAUUGAAGCUUUUUGUGAUCAAAGAUCCGAGAUUGAUGUGUCGAGUUUCAGGCGCCCGGAUUUGGAUUCAUUUACCCUAUUCGACCCCAACCUUCUCGCAGCUUUUGAGCAGGCAGUAAUGGCGGUGAAAGCUCAAGAAGCAGAGAGAAUGGCCAUGAUUGAAGAAACAAUCGAGCAGAUAAUCAAAGAAGAGGAAGAAGAAAGCCAAGAACCCCCUUCGAAGCUUCGAAAAACGGAGGAAAACCCUAACCCUCUCUUGAAAUUCCCAGAAAAAUGCCCCCCAGGAGGCUCAGAAUCAGUAAUUCUGUACACAACAGGGCUGAGAGGGGUCAGAAAAACAUUCGAGGAUUGCCAGAGGGUUCGAUUCCUUCUAGAAAACUUCGGGGUUUUGUUCUUCGAGAGAGACGUGUCGAUGCACACGGAGUACAGAGACGAACUGUGGCGGGUUCUGGGCGGGAGAGCGGUGCCGCCGCGGCUGUUUAUACGGGGGAGAUACAUCGGAGCGGCGGAGGAAGUGGUGGCGCUUCAUGAACAGGGGAGGUUUAGGGCUCUGCUUGAAGGGAUUCCUGUGGAUGAUUCUCGAGGGCAGUGUGAUGGGUGUGGUGGGGUGAGGUUUGUUAUGUGUUUUAGGUGCAAUGGAAGCACCAAAAUUGUUGAUGAUGAUGAUGGUGGUGGUGGGGAGAGUGUGAAAUGUGGGGGUUGUAAUGAGAAUGGGUUGAUUGUGUGCCCUAUGUGUUCUUUGAGCUGAUAGAUUUAUUGAAUUCAUUCUUUGUUCCUCCAAGGUUAUUGGUGUAAGUUUUAACACUUGUAUACAUACAUAUUUUGGCAUUCUUUUUUGGUUUUGGAUUGCUAUUGUGAUGGAUGAUUUUAAGAAAAAUCUAUAUAUUUGUCUCCC